UAACGACGACAAGGAACUCAUCACAACCUCAGACUCUCUAACACACAAUAUCCAGAUCAAGUCGAUUAGACUCGGGACUGCCACACUCACGCAAACACUUCCUUCCCCACAUCAAACGGAGGACGUCACAAUCUUACGCGCCGGUCUCGAUAACUAGUCAAUCUUCGAUCCCAUAACUCAAACACACAUCAACAAGCUCAUCGCACCACAACAUGGCCUCAUCAUCAACACCGAACGGAGAAGGUCAGGGAGACUGGAGGAGUCAACUGAAGGCACCACCAAAAGACACGCGGCCUCAAACUGAAGAUGUAUUGAACACGAAAGGAAGCGAAUUCGAAGACUUCUACCUGAAGCGGGAACUACUUAUGGGCAUCUUCGAGGCUGGGUUCGAGAGACCCAGUCCGAUCCAAGAGGAAGCGAUUCCUAUGGCAUUGACUGGACGAGAUAUUCUGGCACGAGCAAAGAACGGAACCGGUAAAACUGGAGCUUUCGUCAUUCCCACAUUACAAAUGGUCAACCCCAAAGUACCCCACAUCCAGGCCGUCCUCCUAGUACCAACCCGAGAACUGGCCCUCCAAACAUCUCAAGUCUGUCGGACUCUCGGAAAACACCUCGGUCUCGAAAUCAUGGUCAGCACAGGAGGAACCGGAUUGAAGGACGAUAUCCUUCGACUAGGCGAGACUGUCCACCUUCUGAUCGGUACUCCAGGGAGGAUUUUGGAUUUGUCAUCAAAGGGAAUUGCCGAUCUUAAGAAUUGCAAGAGUUUCGUCAUGGAUGAAGCGGACAAGCUGCUUAGUCCGGAGUUCCAGCCGGUGAUGGAGAGCCUCUUGGGCAUGUGCCAUCCCGAACGACAGGUUAUGCUCUUCUCCGCUACUUUCCCUAUGCUCGUCAAGGACUUCAGGGACCGAAAUAUGCGCAAGCCUUACGAAAUCAAUCUGAUGGAAGAGCUCACCUUGCGAGGUGUGACUCAAUAUUACGCCUUUGUCGAAGAACGUCAGAAAGUUCACUGUCUCAAUACCUUGUUUUCCAAGCUUCAAAUCAACCAAUCCGUCAUCUUCUGCAAUUCUACCAACCGUGUCGAACUUCUCGCCAAGAAGAUCACCGAGCUCGGUUACUCCUGUUUCUAUUCUCACGCCAAGAUGCUACAGAACCACCGUAACCGAGUGUUCCACGAUUUCCGUGCUGGGGCAUGCCGAAACCUCGUCUGUUCCGAUCUUCUUACGCGAGGUAUCGAUAUCCAAGCUGUAAACGUAGUGAUUUCCUUCGACGCUCCCAAGACUGCCGAAACAUACCUUCAUCGAGUCGGACGAUCCGGACGAUUCGGUCACCUCGGUCUCGCCAUCACCCUUGUAACCUACGAGGAUCGACAUUCGCUCUACCGUAUCGAGCAAGAACUCGGAACUCAGCUUCAACCUAUUCCCGCCUUUAUCGACCCUAGCCUUUACGUCGCACCGUCCGGUCAGCCUGGACACUCUGAUGAGGAUGCUGCUCUCGCUCGUCAACAGCGACAGCAACAGUUGCAACAGCAGAAGCAACAACAACAACAGCAGCAACAACAGCAGGCAAUCUUACCGCCUUCCGGCAAUUUGAACACCAUGCGCGCGCCUCAAGUGCGAGCCAAUGUCAACAACGGAUACAACCAGUGAAAGAUUGAGCAGUAGCAAUUAUUGGAUGGCCAAGUGGAGGCGGUCUGACGCCAUAGCAAGAUGGUACUACAGGGAGGGGGUUGACGCCGCUGUCAUCAACUGACAGUUUGGGGGUGUUAUAGCAGAAUCUACAAGUUGUACGAGCCGUGUGUGGCAAACGUAGCGAUGUAUAUCGAGAUGCUAUAUCCCUUGAAGUCCCACGACCGACCGCCUGAAAUGUGUAUAGACGCCAUGCAUUGAUCUUACAAGGCGGAAGCGUUCUUGUCUCAGUCGAGUCUUGCUGUUGUGUCGCCAGAUGUUGUCACAAGUCGAAAAGCUAGAUGGAGCGCCUGCGGUUCUGUCCAACCUCAUUAGUGCAGCUGAUGCAUGGGGUUUAUUACCUGGUCUCUGCUUUCGGUGAUUGCCAUAUCACUCUUCUACAAUACCAUCAACAGAUGCUCACGGGCUGACCAUUCGUAAUUCGGCUAUGAAGUAGGUGGUAU